AUGUCUACACCAACACGCAAAUCUCGACAUGUCCAUGUCAGAAGGCAAAAAGCACGACCAGACUCACCACGUGCCUUUGAGAUCCUCCCAGUCGAAAUCCGACAAUCUAUCGCUAGCUAUCUCGACGAUAAAUCCAUCACAUCCUACCGACUCAUCUGCAGAUCGACUAAGUAUGCUCUUGAUGAAGAUGAGGGCUCAUUCUGGCGUACCCGGUUCCUUGAUACCUACGAUCAUUCCAAGUCCACUCCCACGAGUACACGCUCUGUCGUGAACGAGUGGUUCAAANAGCAAUACCAAUGCCGCAAGCGGAUCGAACGCCAAAGGUUCGACUUCCAAGCCGGAAACACCCAGAAGGAGAUGGAGUGUUUGUCAUUGCUCAAGGAUCUGAUCAACGGUGCGUGCGUUCGGCUUCAUUCGCAGGCGGCCUCGCUGACAGCCACUANNGAAUCCUUCAACAUCAAUCCUCACAAGUCCAAGCAAGUCACAGCUCACUCUCUCAACAUGACUCGUCUCGAAACCAUUGUCAAGGCCACUGGCCUGCUCGAAUGCGUAUUUCGCCGUCCCUACGUUAACAGAGGCAAGAAGUCAAUACCCAACCCUGCCUUGCUCGCCAUACAACUCAUUCUCACUCACCUCUCCUUGACUGCUUCGCCUACCUCCAAGAUUGCCAAAGCAUGGGGCUUCUCCGACUCGCAAUCCUUGGUGUAUGCACAGACUUCGAUACGUCCUAUCUUCAAGGGUCCCAACUGCCAGGAGAUCGACAUCGAGUGGACUCUGCACGUCGCAAACUUCUUCAAGAACCAUCUUCUUAACCAGCACGAGCUGACUCAUCUGCGCUACGAUGAUCUGAGUACUCCAGAACGCCCGCAGUCCUGGACGAAGCCCUUGUCGACGACCCCUUUGAAGCUCGGCAAGCACUGGAAGGGCAGCUAUGCUUACGUCGACCAUGAGGAAAUCCUUCCCAUACGCAAUGGGCAAAACGAGGACUAUCCAAUUCCCGACCACAUGAGUGGCGAUGGCACCGAUCAACCGUUUCAAGACCUUUGCCUUGAUUUUCCCAAAGAGGGUCUUGACUUCUGGCCCGAGAUUUUCGAAGAGGUCCUCAAGUCCCGCACCAAGAUUCAAUACCGUACAGCUACCACACGAGCUCAGAGACGAGUCACCGGUCCACACGUCUUGCCUGAGGGCGAACCUGUUUCGUUCUGCUUCAAGGGCGAAGGUGAAGACGCUCGCGAAGGCUUUCUGGCAUCAGGCUACUUCAAUCCUCUGCCACCUCAGCAUGGCAUCCCCGGCUGGCAUCGCAUGACUAUGAUGAAGUAUUGGAAAGAUGAGCACGGUCAUAUGGACUACAACUCCUUGUGGGCUUAUGAGGGGGUCGUGCUGCCCGGAGGCAUGGUCAUGCUCGGACGUUGGUGGCAUCCUUCAAACGACGAAUACGAGUACUCGGGCCCUUUCAUAUUCUGGAAUGUCGACGCCAGCGUGCCUGAUGUUGGCGGAGAGACGUCUACUACUAGUGACUAA